CCCCCUUAACGUGCAAACCCUCUCUGUCCAGCAGUUAAAUUGUCCGUAUUCCCGCUCUCACCCAAUCACUCAUCCCAAACCCCUCUAUCUGUCUGUCUGUCUGUCUCUUCUCUCGUUUCUCUCUCAUAAUUUCCCUCUGUACAGUUCCCAUUUCUGUCAAACCAAAAUAGAUCUGAAUCUGAACAUCAAGAACCAACAAUGAGAGAGAUCUUGCAUGUUCAAGGAGGACAAUGUGGUAACCAAAUCGGAUCCAAAUUCUGGGAAGUGAUCUGCGACGAGCACGGCGUUGAUUCAACCGGUCGUUACAAAGGCGAUGGAUCUUCCGAUCUUCAACUGGAGAGGAUCAAUGUCUAUUUCAAUGAAGCUUCCGGUGGACGAUACGUUCCUAGGGCCGUUCUUAUGGAUCUUGAGCCUGGGACCAUGGACAGCAUCAGAUCCGGGCCCUACGGCCAGAUCUUUCGCCCCGAUAACUUCGUCUUUGGACAGUCCGGUGCCGGAAAUAAUUGGGCCAAAGGUCAUUACACUGAAGGAGCGGAACUGAUUGAUUCUGUUCUUGAUGUUGUUCGCAAGGAGGCUGAGAAUUGUGAUUGUUUGCAAGGUUUCCAGGUGUGUCACUCACUUGGAGGAGGCACGGGUUCGGGCAUGGGCACCCUUUUGAUUUCAAAGAUAAGGGAGGAAUACCCGGACAGAAUGAUGCUCACAUUCUCCGUUUUCCCCUCACCAAAGGUUUCUGACACAGUUGUAGAACCUUACAAUGCCACCCUCUCUGUGCACCAGUUGGUGGAGAAUGCUGAUGAAUGCAUGGUCCUUGACAAUGAAGCACUCUACGAUAUUUGUUUUAGGACCUUGAAGCUUAGCACUCCAAGCUUUGGUGAUCUGAAUCAUUUGAUCUCUGCGACGAUGAGUGGUGUAACAUGCUGCCUGAGAUUUCCUGGUCAGUUGAACUCAGACCUGCGGAAGCUGGCUGUGAAUCUGAUCCCAUUUCCACGUCUUCAUUUUUUCAUGGUGGGUUUUGCACCACUUACCUCUCGUGGAUCUCAGCAAUACAUCUCCCUCACUGUCCCAGAACUGACUCAGCAAAUGUGGGAUGCUAAGAACAUGAUGUGUGCGGCUGAUCCUCGUCAUGGACGCUAUCUGACAGCCUCCGCCAUGUUCAGGGGGAAAAUGAGCACAAAAGAGGUGGAUGAACAGAUGAUCAAUGUGCAGAAUAAGAACUCAUCGUACUUUGUGGAGUGGAUCCCCAACAAUGUGAAGUCGAGUGUGUGUGAUAUCCCCCCAACCGGCCUGAAGAUGGCAUCGACAUUUGUGGGAAAUUCCACGUCAAUCCAAGAGAUGUUCAGGAGAGUAAGCGAGCAGUUCACAGCCAUGUUUAGGCGCAAGGCCUUUUUGCACUGGUACACUGGAGAAGGGAUGGAUGAAAUGGAGUUUACAGAGGCAGAGAGCAACAUGAAUGAUUUGGUGGCAGAGUACCAGCAAUAUCAGGAUGCCACUGCAGAUGAGGAGGAGGACUAUGAAGAGGAUGGUGCCGAUGAGCAGCAAUAUGAAAACUAAACCUCAACUGGCAACUACCAAAGAAAAAUAAGUAAUGUUUAAUGUCGAGCAUUGUUGGUUUGCUUUUUGCUCUAUAUUUUCUGCGUUCUGUACUUUCAGCUUAUCUGUUUGAAUCUCAUGUCUGAACUUUCAUCUUAUUUGUUUGAAUGUCAUGUCUGAACUUUCAGCUUAUUUGUUCGUUAUUGUUUGAAUCUUCUGUUCCUUUAUAUCAUUUGGUGCUUGUUUUAGCAUUUGAGUAAAGAGUAUUCCAAGUUUUACAACUACUUUGCAGA